AUGACUAAAUAAAAUUAAUAAGAGUGUGCGAAAUAAUCUUAAAACGCAUAGGCGAGCCAUUGUAAAUAGAAAUGAAAUAUAUCAUAGAAUCUACCUAAAGAGAAACCCAAUAAAUAAUAUAAGUAAAUAUGAAAAAUGAAAUGAAAGCUUUAUGUCAAAAUGGAAAGGUUUAUAAUUUGGAUUAAUAAUUGGAUUUGAGAAUAAUAAAUAGAACAUUCUAAACUAAUGAGAAUUAAAAUAAAUAUUGAGCCCUCAGAAAUAUAUUUUAGUCUCUAAGGCACUUUAAUUAGGAAGUUGGAUUCCUGAAAUUUAUUUGCCAAAUCGCUGAAGGUUCAUUUAGCAUUGAAAAAAAAUAAGAUUAUUCUAGAUAUUGCCUGUCUUCAAAACGCCUAUUAUUGGCCAACAGAAAAAAACUCUUUCUUUAAAUGAAUGCAGAUCAAGUUUGAUUU